AUGGUCAACUAUGGACAGCCGCAGGGCGACGUCCCCGAUCGAGGAUACGUCCUCUACAUCACCGCCCUGGUCAUGGUCCUCGUCGCCGCCCUCUUCGUCUUCGCGCGGCUGGGGACCCGGUUCUGGAUCGCCCGCAUCGGCAUAGACGACAUCACCAUCACCUGUGCGCUGGUCUUCUCGGUGUUGCUGACGGCAACCAUCAAUCUCGCCGUUGUCAAUGGCUAUGGCAGGCCGAUGAGCUAUCUGACAACACAUGAGAAGCGCACUGCAUUCAUGGUGACCCUCGGCCUGACCAAGAUCUCUAUCGUCCUGCUGUACCUGCGCAUCUUCGUCUACAAGACCUUCCAGCGCGUGGCCUAUGUGUACCUGGUCCUGAUUACCGUCUGGGCCAUCGGCACCAUCCUGGCCACCAUCUUCCAGUGCGUCCCGGUGCAGGCCUCGUGGGAUAAGAGCAUCAAGCACCCCAAGUGUAUCAACCAAAACGCCUUCUGGUACGCUUUCGCGGCCACCAACACCAUCACCGAUUUCGCUAUCUUCUUGCUGCCGCUCCGUCCGGUUCUCAAACUGCAACUGCCGAAGCGCGAGAAGAUCGGGUUGCUGGCUGUCUUUGGCGUUGGUGCUUUUGUCUGCGUGACGAGCAUUCUCCGAACUGUCGCUGUGUCGGAGACAUCAACGAAUCUGGACGAAAGCUGGGACUUCAUCCCGCGCUCGACCUGGACGCUUGUCGAAGCCAACGUGGGCAUUAUCUGCGCCUGUCUGCCCAUGAUGCGCCACCCGCUUUCCGCACUGUUCCCGCGGCUCUUCCGCGGGUCGACCUAUGGGCGGUCCUACGGCCGGUCCGAUAACACCCAGCGCACGUACGGCCUCGAUUCGCUCAGCCGCCGCAGUAAGCCCCCCUCGACGCCGCUGCAGGUUACCACCACGUUCAGCACUCAGAGCCAGGAGCGGAUCAUUGAGGAAGGGGGCGCGGAUUAUACCGACUCUCGAUCGGGGGUGUCCUCUCAUCCGACGGAUUUCUCGCACGUGCAUACCACGUGUUAUGCCACUACGCCUAAGGAAAUGACUGGACGAGGUUGA